AAAAAUAAAACAAAUCUUUUUGGGUGUGAGGAGGACGUCUUGGUUUCAAAAGCGUCUAAGUUCUCUUCAUGUAUCCUCGCUCUCUUCCCAUGGGGGCCCCACUCUUUGUCCUCUCUCUUUCCCUUUCUUGCAAAACAACGGCGCGGACAUGAAGACCCAACGCGUUUUUAGUUUUCCCUACCACCCCCCUCUCUCUUCUGCAUCCAUUGCACUUUUCCUUUUCCUUUUCCUUUUCCCUGUUUCAAUUUUUAUUAACAUAGACAGAAGUUUUUAUUAACAUAGAGAGAAGGUGCAUGCUUUCAUCCCUCCCUUUCUUUUCUUUCUAUUUCUUUCUUUGCUUUUAACUCACAACCCUUCCUUUCACAUCUUUGGAUGUUGUUGUUUUGUUGCUUCUUCCUCUUGUUUUUGCUUUCGGUAAAACCAGUUGGUGGUUUUAGGUCUAUUAUUACCUGUCAUUCUGUCUUCUUAUUUUUUUUUUUUUUAAAGAACUUUUUUCAAUAUAAAUCUUGGUGUUUGGUAAGAGGUGUUUGGUUCCGUGGAGCUAUUAAGUACGAGGAGGGGUUGUACCUGGAUCGUUACUUUCUGAUGAAAAUGUGUUACUGAAGAGAAUUCAGCUCAGCUCUCUGUGUAUGAGCUAUAUAUUACUCUGCAUGUUAGAGAGUAAAGAAGAUCUGUAGGUGGCCUUGAUUUCUAACUGGGUUUUGCAGGUGAUGGGAAUGGAAGAUGAGGAUGUUUAGUUUUUAGAUGAAGGCAGCUGGUCUGAAUCUUCAGUGAAAGAUUUAAACUUCAACCCACAAAUGGAUUGAAAUAGAGGUUGCAGCCCAUUUUGGCCGCAAUGUUAAAACCUUUAGUUCCUGGGCUGCUGUUGCUUUCUUUAUUCCUAAUAUCAGUAUCUGCAAACGACAAUGGCUUUUCCCGGUGUAAUUGUGAUGAUGAGGCCAGUUUAUGGAGCAUAGAGAACAUUCUAGAUUGCCAAAAAGUAAGCGAUUUCUUGAUUGCUGUGGCCUAUUUUUCGAUCCCUAUUGAGCUGCUAUACUUUGUUAGCUGCUCAAAUGUCCCGUUCAAAUGGGUCCUCUUUGAGUUCAUUGCCUUCAUUGUCCUUUGUGGAUUGACUCAUUUGCUCAAUGGCUGGACUUAUGGCCCUCAUCCAUUUCAGCUCAUGCUUGCCCUUACUGUCUUUAAGAUUUUAACAGCCUUGGUCUCAUGUGCCACUGCUAUUACACUCUUCACCCUCAUUCCUCUGCUUCUUAAAGUGAAGGUAAGAGAAUUCAUGUUGAAGAAAAAGGCAUGGGAUCUUGGCCGUGAAGUUGGGAUUAUAAUGAAGCAGAAAGAAGCCGGAUUGCAUGUUCGUAUGCUUACUCAAGAGAUUCGGAAAUCACUUGAUAGGCAUACUAUUCUCUAUACAACCCUUGUUGAACUAUCUGAGACACUGGGGUUGCAGAAUUGUGCAGUGUGGAUGCCUAAUGAGGUUAGAACGGAGAUGAAUUUGACCCAUCAGUUGAAUGUGCGUAAUUAUUCAAAUUCAAUACCAAUUACUGAUCCUGAUGUUGCUAGGAUUAAAGGAAGUGAUGGGGUGAACAUACUUAGGCCUGAGUCAGCACUUGCUGCUGCAAGCAGUGGAGAAUCUGGUGAGCCAGGGCCUAUUGCUGCAAUUCGAAUGCCAAUGCUUCGUGUUUGCAAUUUCAAAGGGGGAACUCCAGAGAUGAUUCAGGCUUGUUAUGCAAUAUUGGUACUGGUUCUUCCAGGGUCACAGCCUAGAUCUUGGACCAACCAAGAAUUAGAGAUAAUUAAAGUGGUAGCUGAUCAGGUGGCUGUGGCUCUCUCCCAUGCUGCAGUUCUUGAAGAGUCCCAGCUUAUGAGGGAGAAGUUGGAGGAGCAAAACCGAGCCUUGCAACAGGCAAAAAUGAACGCAAUGAUGGCAAGCCAGGCUAGGACAGCAUUUCAGAAGGUAAUGAGUGAUGGUAUGAAGAGACCUAUGCACUCCAUUUUAGGCUUGAUUUCGAUGAUGCAGGACGGUAAUCUGAGUACUGAGCAACAGAUACUUGUUGAUGCGAUGAUGAAAACGAGCAAUGUCCUAUCAACAUUGAUAAAUGAUGUGAUGGAAAUUUCAACAAAGGAUAGUGGCAGGUUUCCAUUGGAGAUGAGAUCUUUCAGGUUACAUGCCACUAUCAAAGAAGCGGCUUGCCUUGCCAAGUGCUUAUGUGUUUAUAGGGGCUUUGGUUUUUCAAUUGAGGUUGACAAAUGCUUGCCUGAUCAUGUCUUGGGUGAUGAGAGGAGGGUUUUUCAAGUGAUUUUGCAUAUGGUUGGUAACCUGCUGGAUGGCACUAACAGGAGAGGGUCUGUGGUACUUAGGUUUUUCUUGGAGAAUGGAAGUCAGGAAAGGAGUGAUCAUAAAUGGCCAGCCUGGAGACACAGCACGUCUGAUGGUGAUGUAUAUAUCAGAUUUGAAAUCACAAUGAACAAUGAUGGUUCUGAAUCAGAGGGUUCAAGUUCGGUCAUGCAAGUUGGUGGCAGGAGGUAUGCCAGUGAUGGAAUUGACGAGCGCUUGAGCUUCAGUAUUUGCAAAAAGCUGGUCCAGUUAAUGCAAGGGAAGAUCUGGGUAGUCCCUAACUCUCAAGGUUUUCCUCAAAGCAUGGGGCUUGUUCUUCGGUUUCAACUUCGGUCAUCCAUUUCAAUAGCCAUCUCUGAUUCUGGAGAAUCUUCUGAGCACCCACAUUCCAACUCUCUUUUCAGAGGCUUGCAAGUUUUGUUAGCUGAUGCAGAUGAUGUGAACAGAGCUGUGACCCGGAAACUGCUUGAGAAGCUAGGUUGCUGUGUUGCUACUGUUUCAUCUGGAUUUGAAUGCCUUAGCAUCAUUGGGCCAACUACAUCUUCUUUCCAAAUUGUUCUUUUGGAUCUGCAGAUGCCUGAGUUGGAUGGAUUUGAAGUUGCAUCAAGAAUCAGGAAGUUCCGAAGCCGUAGUUGGCCAUUAAUUGUUGCGCUGACGGCAAGUGCUGAUGAUGAGAUGUGGGAAAGAUGUUUGCAGAUUGGAAUGAAUGGUGUCAUUCAGAAACCAGUUAUGCUUCAAGGAAUUGCAAACGAGCUUCGAAGAGUCCUUGUGCAGGCAAACAAAGCCAUCUGAUGACAUCCUGUUCUUAUGCAGGUGGUGGAGAGGAUAUUAAUGGUAGAGAAGAGGUGAAUAACAGUACAUAGCGAGGAUUUAAAACCUGGCAAGCAUUAUAUUAUUCCCACAAUUCCCACAACAUAACUAAUACAAGUUGUCGUAGAUUUAUGUAUCAUUUUGUCUACGACAUGGAUAUCCAGAAGUUUAAUGACAAGGUUUGUUUCAUGCAAUGAUUGAGACUUUCGCAGGCUUGCUAGUUAUUGCCUCGUGAAAUGAAUGAUCACGUGCCUUGCACAUACAGUCACCUCGCUGGCCAGGAAGGCAGGAUGUAUAGAUGUCGCAGAAUGUGGGCAGAAUAAUGGUAAUGUUAUUGGUAUGCUUCUGGUUUGGUUUCGUCAAAAAAAGCCAUGCAUGAAUCUCAAUACGUACGUACUAUUUUUGGGUUGAAAUAUCAAGCCAAGUGGACACAUAUCAACAUGGGUUUUUCAAAUGAUUUAUAUUAACCUCACAUGAGAAGCUUUAUUGUAAUUUUCCAUGUGGGGAGUGAUUUAUCUUUAAGCUUAGCUUAGAUGGGUUUAUUCUAUAUAUAGAUAUAUUAUCCUUAAUAUUAUAAUAAUUAGUUUGCAA